AUGCAUCACUCCAUCCGUAACAGCGGAAUGGCGGCGGUCACAUAUGCAGCUCGCGCUGCACUGGAAGGCAACCAAGGGGCGCACAGUGUACAUGGCCGCCGUAGUGGCAUCGGGGGCCAGGCCGGUGGGUGGUUCGCCGUGGGCUCUUUAUACGCUACGCCAACCCCUUCGCUCCACCCGCUUCCGCCGCGCACACUCACCGCGCAUUUCCCCUUUCCCCCGUGCAUUCUCCCCUCCCCGCGCAUGGCGCUUCCACCCGCUCCCCCCCUCAGGCUGGUGCUGCACUGGAAGGCCACCAAGGGGCGGACAAUCAAGAUGGCCGUGGUGGCAUCGGGGGCCAAGGCUGCUGGGUGGUUUGCCGUGGGCUUCUCACCCAAUGGCGGCAUGGCGGGCAGCAACGCCAUCGCCACUGACUCCUCGGGCAGCCCGGUAACGAAAGAUCUCGUCGGACAGUCGUCGGCGGACGAUGCGUCGUGGACCGUCGGAUCAGGCUCGAUCUCCACGUCUGGCAGCAAGGUCAUCAUGAAGUAA